AUGUCACGCUAUCUUCAACUGUGUCGAAAAGUUAUUGCAAUCGGUCGAAAUUAUAGUGAACAUGCUGUUGAACUGGGAAACCCCGUACCAAGCAAACCUGUUGUAUUUUUUAAACCACCAUCUUCUAUUAUAACUGAAGGGCAUUCUAUCAAGAUUCCAGAGGGUUGCCAAAAAUUGCACCAUGAAGUCGAACUAGCUGUUGUGAUUGGAACUAAAGGGAGUCGCAUACCAGAGGAAUCUAGUAUGGAUUAUGUUGAUGGUUAUAUGUUGGCACUAGACAUGACGGCCAGAGAUUUCCAAGAUGAAGCCAAAAGCAAAGGUCAACCAUGGUCACUGGCCAAAGGUUUUGAUACUUCCUGCCCUGUAAGUCGCUUUUUGAGCAAGGAUGAAAUCAAGAACGCAAAUUCUGUUGACCUUUGGCUUAAAGUUAAUGACCAGUUGCGCCAAGAAGGCAAUACGAGGGACAUGAUUUUUAGCAUUCCUUAUUUGAUUUCAUAUCUCAGCAAAUUUUUCACUUUGGAACCAGGUGAUUUAAUACUUACAGGAACACCAUCUGGUGUGGGACCAGUGGCUAAAGGGGAUAUCAUCCAGGCUGGUCUGACAGACAUUGUUACAAUGACUUUUAAAGUUGAGGAGACAAAUUAA